UUUGAGCUUCCCCCGCCUUCACCGGGGGCUAGCGUAUCUUCGGACCCCUGUUGAACCGAGGCCGAGGCAAAAUAUUUGUCUCAGCUCCAAGCUUAUCUCAUAAAUACAACUUCACCUCCACAAGAUGUUUCAAGCGAUAUCUCACUACAACUCUCGUCUAGAACCUACCCUAAAUUACCAAUGGCCGGUCCCGUAAGACAACCUAUUGAUCUCCAAGCUUUGGAGAAAUAUAUAGAAAAGCAUGUACCGGAAAUCAAGACUCCUAUUGACAUUAAACAAGUCCGUCCAGCUCAUCCUACUCCCAGGUUGAUACCAUACCGCCCAGGUACUCGUUGCUAAUCUAAUCGACAAUGUGUAGUUCGGAUUCGGUCAGUCAAAUCCAACAUACCAACUCCUCGCAUCCAAUGGCCAAAAAUAUGUAAUGCGCAAGAAACCACCCGGAAAGCUUGUCUCGAAGACUGCACAUCAAGUCGAACGCGAAUAUCGCGUUAUUCACGCAUUGGAUAAAACAGAUGUACCGGUUCCGAAAGCGUAUUGUUUGUGUGAGGAUGAAGGAGUAAUUGGCACACCGUUUUAUAUUAUGGAAUUUUUGGAUGGAAGAAUUAUUGAAGAUCCAGGAAUUCCGGGAGUGGGAGAGGAGGAGAGGAGGGAGAUGUAUGUUUUUCCUCUACAUGUGAUGAUGCGCACUAGAAUAUGAUGAGGAGUCAAUACUGAUAAAGUGUGAAAAUAGGUGGCACGAUGCGAUUCGCACCCUAGCUAAACUCCAUCGCGUUGAUAUAUCAAAAGCAGGACUUACAAGUUUUGGUAAACCAGCGGGAUUUUAUGAUCGUCAAAUCAAAACUUUUGGCACGAUAAGUGUGGCUCAGGCUUCAACAGUUGAUAUUGAGACGAAAGAGCCAGUGGGUCAGAUACCACAUAUUGAGGAGAUAUUAGGGUUUUUCACAGAUAAGAGAUAUCAGCCGAAGGAUAGAGGGACCUUGAUUCAUGGAGAUUAUAAGAUUGAUAAUCUGGUUUUUCACAAAACGGAACCAAGAGUUAUUGGAAUUUUGGAGUAUGUGCUUCUCUUUCCUCAAUAUUCUCAUUCAUAUCGGGUAGAAACCUAAACUAACAGCCUCUUCUCCAGCUGGGAAAUGUCCACAAUCGGGCACCCUCUUUCUGACAUAAUAAAUCUCCUCUCCCCUUAUGCCGUCCGCAACGAGAAGAAAUUCGCAUCCCUUCCACAGUUUCAAGAAGAAAACUUACCCGGUCUACCCUCGGAAUCAGAUUUAAUUUCCUGGUAUCGAGAAACAGCGGAUUGGGACCCAGAACCUGAUUUACCCUGGGGAGUGGCAUUUGGCUUCUUCAGAAAUACAUGUAUUUAUCAGGGCAUAGCUGCUAGAUGGGCGAUGAGACAGGCGAGUAGUGCGAAGGCAAAGGUUCAUGGACAGGGGAUGUGGCCCAUGGGAGAGUUGUGUUGGAAGUUUGUGGGAUUGGCGAAGAGGGCAAAGGAAGAGGGGGAGAAGGCGAAGUUGUAGGAGCUGUCCGGGAUCGACAGUUAGAAAUGUCGUGGAAUGCAUUGUCUAAUCUGGAAAUGAAGGGGCUCGUUCGCGCUUACUUUUUAUCCACUCGUCGAUUUAAGAUAAGUUCUUUGAUUGUUAGUUCUGGAGUUCAGGACUUGGCUUCCCAAUUUGCUCUACUUAUAGAAUUAGGGCUAUCAGAUUUUAAUGGCUUAUAGGGCUAAAGAGCUCGAGUACGAAAAGAUGUUAGGACUGCUUGGAGAAUCACAGAAGUCUGAAAUCCUUGGUUCACCCUUCCACGCGAGUUUGUGGAGGGUUUCAUUGCGAUGAUUCGAGGGAGCAGGGAAGGAAGAUAAUUGUUUUGAUAA